AUGGCGGAUGACAAUAAAAUCCUCGGCUUGCCGCCGUUUGUUGUAGACUUUACACAGACAGAUAAAGUCGUGACAGAGGAUCAUCCCCGACUGCGCAGACCCAUGAUUGUAGGCGCCGACAUUCCAGAGGCGCCGUUUCCGAUUCGGAUGGCGGGCGAGGUCCAACACGGUUUCAAACGUGGAAGUAGAGAGCUCGGAUGUCACACCGCAAACCUGCCGGACGACGCGUUAGAGCCAAUGACUUCGACGGUCAAGACUGGCAUCUAUUUUGGAUAUGCUCAAGUUCAUCCAGAGUGUCCAAAUGGCACUGCUGCACAUCUCCCUAGCGAAGACUAUCAAGUCUGGCCGAUGGUGAUGAGCAUCGGGUGGAAUCCAUUCUACAAGAAUGAGAAGCUUACUGCGGAGGUCCACUUGAUUCACAAGUUUGCCGAGGAUUUCUACGGACACAAGAUGUCCGUUGUAGUGCUUGGGUAUAUCCGACCCGAGUUGGAUUACACGACAAAAGAGGCGCUGAUCCAGGAUAUCCAAACAGACAUCAAGGUUGCACUCAACUCGCUCAAUAGAGAGGCAUAUCAAGAAAAGCGCACGCGUCGCCAGACAGAGGAACACGACGCGCUCCUCGACGCGUCAAAUCUCCCGCAGCCUUCCUCACCACGUUUAAAAUCCCAAACGGUUCAGCUAGAAAAAGUACACGCGCCCGUCAAACCCAGAACGCGCGGUGGAACGCUCCAUCGAAUCCGACAGGCCAGCCUUUGUUUAUCGCGCCCAGAGGCUGCUCCAGUCUCGUCGCGUCAGGUUCUUGAAUCUUUUGUAUCGUCCACGACGUCCGACCGUCAUGUAUUCCGCAACGAACGAGGUCACAUCAGCCCUGUAGUCUCAUGCUCAUAUAGUAAUUCGGCAAAGCACGGCAAAGGUUCUAUCCUCGCCGUUACGACAGACGACGGGGCGGUAGAGCUUGUCGACACGGCAAGGCGCAAAGGGGGAACAGCACCCACUCCAGUGCACAUCCAAGCCGCACCCGCUGGCGCCAUCUUUGAUGUCCAGUGGCGAAAUGACGACAAGCAUAUCGCGGCUGCAUGCGACGCAACGCUGGGCAUUUUCGACGUGGAAACGCAAACGGCACUGUUACAGUUUCAUGGGCACACGGCUGCCAUCAAAACAAUUGCUUGGGACCCCAACGAUCAUGCCCUGCUCACGACUGCGGGACGGGACGGGAAUAUUCACGUCUGGGAUACGAGGUUGCAUGCGGGCGCAUAUGACUCGAAAGUCGCCCCGGUCCUGGUGAUAAAGCAAGCGCACAACCCCCAAGGGCGUCGGAAACGCAACGUGCCAUACUCGACCUCAAAGAGCGUGACUUCCAUCCUCCAUCUUCCGAAUACACCUCGCCAUCUGGUCUCUUCUGGAUCCUCGGACGGGGUGUUGCUCAAAUGGGACCUCCGCUCUCUCCGUUCUGCUAAACAGUCAGUCGAGGAGACUUGUUCGGACCCGACGAUGACGUUUACCGGCUCGAAACGAAGUCGGGGUAUUACGAGCAUUGUCUGUGGAGGGUCGGACAAUAGUUUGAUCUAUGGCUUGUGUACGGACGCAAUGGUCUAUCCGUACCUGACGUCGACAUUGGAAGCGCAUCCUGGUGCAUUUAGCUCUGAUCCUACCAGCAAAGGGAGUGGAAUCUCAUUUUUCUGCAAACUCUCGACCAGCGCCUGCGGACGGUGGCUGGCGACCGGGGGAGGGAGUGGAUAUGCGGCGUUGUUCGAUAUUUCGGGUAAAAGCGAUGUCGUGGUUGAUCGAAGACCUGUCAUCGUGCGAACCGAAAGUAGCCGUCCUGAAUCCGAGGUGACUGCCGUUAGCUGGGCAAUGCCAGACACGAUUGCACUGUGCUCGGAAGAAGUGGUCAGUGUAUGGCGAGCAGACGCGGACCAAGCUCGGGCAUGCAGAGAGGACCAAAAGGACAGCGAGUGGCACUGGCGAUGGGUAGAAUAA